CUCUGCGGGCGGAGGCGGCGGGGAAACAUGGCCGCGGCGGAGGCGGCCGAGACUCAGCUGAUGCUGGGAGUGGGUCUGAUCGAAAAAGACACAAAUGGAGAUACUCUGUGGGUCUGGUGUUACCCUUCCACCACAGCUGAAUUAAGAGACAUGCUUUUGAGAAAAUGCUGCCUCACAGGUGAAAAUCAACAGCUUCACACCUUUGUAUAUGGCCAGUAUAGAAGAACAUGGUUUUAUGUCACAACAACUGAAGUUCCAGAUUCUUCUGUUUUAAAAACGGUAACUCAUUUUUCUAUUGUUCUGACUGCCAAAGAUUUUAACCCUGAGAAAUAUGCUGCCUUUACUAGGAUAUUGUGCAGAAUGUACUUAAAACAUGGGAGUCCAGUCAAAAUGAUGGAAAGUUAUAUUGCAGUUCUUACAAAGGGGAUAUGCCAGAGCGAAGAAAAUGGCUCUUUCCUUAGCAAAGAUUUUGAUGCCCGAAAGGCCUAUCUUGCAGGUUCUAUUAAAGAUGUGGUAUCUCAAUUUGGAAUGGAAACUGUCAUCUUAUAUACUGCUCUAAUGCUAAAGAAGAGAAUUGUGGUCUACCACCCUAGAAUAGAAGCUAUCCAGGAAUUUACAAGGACUCUGCCUGCCUUGGUAUGGCAUCGACAGGAUUGGUCAAUUCUUCAUUCAUAUGUGCACCUUAAUGCGGAUGAAUUGGAAGCAUUGAAGAUUUGCACAGGUUACAUUGCUGGAUUUGUGGACCCUGAGGUGAGCAACAGACCUGAUCUUUAUGAUGUAUUUGUGAAUCUGGCAGAUAGUGAGAUUACAGUUUCUCAACCUGCAAAAGAAGCCAUGACAAUGGGGAAAUUACACAAAGAAAUUGGUCAGCUAAUUGUUCAGUCUGCAGAGGAUCCGGAAAAGUCAGACAGCCAAGUAAUCAAGGAUAUUUCACUUAAAACAAGAGAAAUCUUGACCAAUCUGGCAUCAUUCGCAGAAGUUUCUGAUGAUGGGGAGAAACCAAAGCUCAGCUUUGAGACGUUGAAACAAAAACGAUUUCCACCAGCUACGGAAAAUUUUCUGUGUCAUCUUGCAGCUGCUGAACAAAUGCUUAAAAUCUGAUUUCAUGAUAGAUUGUAUAGCAGGUGGUCAGUAUGAAGCUCUUCUUUACUAUUGUGAUCCACUAAUGUCAGAUUCUAAAAGUAGAAAAAGAAAAGUUAUAUUUUUAAUGAAUUAUUUGAAAGUUUUGAUAUUUGAUUUUUAAGACCUCUGGAAAGGUCUUGCACUUCUGGAAACAUUUCUCAUUUUCUCAUUUCUCACAGUUUUAUAAAGUCAGUGGAGUUGAGCAAAAUGAUGUAACACUACCACAAAUAAUAUUACAAAAACCAACUUGGAUCCUAGCAUAAGAACAAAAUUAACAGAUGCUUUUCAGAGUUACAGAAAACCAGAAAGCCUUCAAUUUAGUACUAUAAAAACCAGUCCAGUUUAUCUCAUUACAUAGCCAUAAUAAUAGUAAUGGUUUAUUUUCAGUAAGCAGCCUGAAAUUUUGCUUUGUAAUCUUCUACGAAGAACUUGAAUUCCUCAUGAGGAACUCUAUUUUCUGAGCCAGACAACAGAAUUUUCUGCAGAAUUGUCUCAAAGAUCAUUUAAAAAGACACUGCAGGAGCACUUUCUUGUAUAAAACAGUUUGUUUUUUUGGCCUUUGAACAUUUUGCCUGUAAUUUUGGGUUUGCAGAGAUUUUAUACUUAGGAGUAGACAACUUUAAUAGUUCAUAUUUAUACUAUUAACAGAAUUAAGCUUCUGGCCUCCUAAAGCCAUCAAUAUACUUCAAGUAACGUUGUACUAGAAAUACACCUGAGGGAUGGAGGAAGAUAUUAUCUCUAUAAAAUACAUAGAUGUCUGUGUGUCAGAAAUAAUUUUUAUAGUCAAAAAGGAGUGUGAGAAUCACCUCUUUGCUAGAGCCAAAACUUCAGGAACCAUUUUAAGAAUUUCAUUAUUGGUAGUUUGGUUAUAUGGCAAAGCAACUAUCCUUGUUCAUGUACUAUAAUUAUUUAAUAGGAAUUUUUUUUUUUAAAUUUCCACGUUAGUAUGAAUGUUCAAACCACAUGUGCCAGUUAUUUUGUUUAAUGUGGUCACAUGUAUACCUUUUCUUAACAUAGCACUGACAUUGUAAGAAUUCUUGCUAAGAAGAUGACUCAGUAAAGAACUUAGUUAAAAGCUUCUUUCACUUUCUUCUUCUGAGUGUUGGAAGGCUCUUAAUCAAACAUUUCUUUGUUUUUCAUUUUGGUCUUUAAAUUGAGAAGAUGUUUACUAAGAGGAACCAAGUGAAAACUAAGUCUGCACUUUAUAAAAAUGAAUAGCAUGAAUAACAUGUUUAUUUUGUGUUUAUUUUGUUUUGAGUCCAAUUUGCUUCUUAUCAGUUUUCAAAACCACAGAUUCCUUAUAUUAUUAAAUGAAGUUAUUUUUUAUACUUGAUAAAGAUUUGGGUGGUUGAAAUCUAUCCUUCCUUUCAUUUCUUAUUAACUGUGACUAAAUAUGGCAUCAUGAUUAUGAUUGAAAAAUUGCAACUAAUAAGCAAAAACCCCCUUAAAUUGGAUUAUUUUGUAACUAAAAGGUUAAGACUUGGGAUACUUUUCCCAAAAGUCUCCAAAGCAAUUUCAAAUCAGACCAUAUCUCUUUCUGAAACAGUAGCCCAAAAUAUUAAUGUUUCCACACUUUCACCUUUUCAUCAGUCGAAAUCUAUAUUAUUUGAACAUUCUACCCAUUCCUAGUGUUCUCUGUAUUUAGCUUUGUUUUUUGUAGAGUCAUCACAGCAUCAUAUUCCAGGGUCUUAAUGAAGUAAUAAGGAAACCAGAUGAUGCUGAUUUCUCAAAGAUCCUGCUAGUGAUACUAUGCCAUGUUAUAAACUCUGGUGGGUUCUAGCAAACUAUAAAGCUUCAAGUAUAUUCUUGGAGACAGAAUGCAA